AUGUAUUCAACACCAUUGAAAAAAAGAGUUGAUUAUGAUCGAGAGUCCUUAACAUUUCCCAGCUCCCUAGGACGAAAUCGUUUGCAGAACCAAUUAAGAUGUGGUCAAGACCAAUUCAGGCCCAAUUCGUCAAGCAGCCCCUUCCAGGCCAACAAAUCAAGUAACAGUGAUGCAUUAAAAAAUUAUAGCGGCGUGAAAAACACUGUUAAAUCAGAAUUUCAUGAUGUAAACACAGACGUCAAAGUUCGUGGAUUGACUUCGUCUGAACCGUUGCAAUUGGCCAGUGAAUUCGUUCAGGAAUUAAGGUUUAGUGACAGGAAUACGCCAGUAUUAGACAACUCUUCAUACUAUAACAAAGGUGUGGACUAUAAUUUUUCAGAUGAAGUCGGUGGAUUAGGUGCAUUUACUCCUUUCCAAAGACAACAAGUGACUAAUAUACCAGAUGAAGUUUUGUUAGAAGUCUCCAAUACAGAGAUAAAGAGUGAUAUGGGUAUAUUUCCCGAACUGAACUAUUGCUGGAUAACUUCUGAUAAUAAAUUGAUAUUUUGGAACAUUAGCAAUAGCUCAGAGUUCCACUGUAUUGAUGAAUUUGAGCACACCAUUUUGAAAGUGAAAUUAGUUAGGCCUAGGCCAGACACGUUCAUUUCUUCGGUUGAAAACCUAUUGAUUGUUGCCACUCUCUUUGACAUAUAUAUUUUAACAGUAUCCCUUGACAGCACUACUCAUGAGUUGAAUAUUUUCAAUACUGGACUGAAAGUAAAUGCGACUGGUCUGAAUGUUUCAAAUAUUAUCAGCUAUGAAAAAACCGGGCAAAUAUUUUUUACAGGUUCGUGUGACGGCGUUAAUGUAUGGGAAUUGCAGUAUAAUUGCUCGGAUAAUCUGUUCAAUAGCAAAUGUAACAAAAUAUGUUUAACAAAGUCUAUAUUAGCGAAUUUGCUGCCUACAAGACUAAUACCUACCGUGCAUGGAAAUAGAAUGUUCCAAAAAGUUCCGGAAGGAGAUAUUAGCGCGGGGGAAGAAAGCAUAAUACAGCUUGAAGUUGAUCAAUCGAGAGGAAUUUUGCAUACAUUAUCGACAAAAUCAGUGGUUAGAUCUUAUUUAAUCACUACCAAUGGGCUAGAAGAUCCAGUCGUGAUUGACACUCCUCAUAUUAGGCGCAGGCUUAGCGUACUGGGUGUAAAAGACUCUCCGCUGCUCACUGGUCGAACUUUAAAGAUUGCAAAAAUUAUUUCCAUCUCUGAUAGGGAAAGCGACGAUUUGUUUUUGGCCGCUAUAACUACUACUGGGGUACGCUUGUACUUUAAGGGUUCUGCUUCUAAGAGAUCGAUUGGUUCACUAAAAUUAAACUCUUUAAAGUUUCCCCCCACCACUUCAUUUGAUUCCUUUGGAAGAAACAAAAUUUCUUCUGUCCAUCAGAAGUCACCGUACCCAGAGGACUCAGGUCUGCUUUCAGCACAGAAAAGCAGUUCCACAUACAUUGAUACCACUAACUCAAGUACUAUAAUAUCACCAGGUAUAUAUUUCACAUCAAUGAGGAAAACUAGGAAUUCUGGAGAAUUAUCGAGCUUUGCUAAGAGGGAUUUGCUGGACAAAAAGGAGAAAUACAGACUUUAUGUAAGUGCUCCUGAUUACGGUAUAUUGAAGAAUUAUGGCAAAUAUGUUGAAAAUAGCGUCCUGCUCGACACAACAGACGAAGUCAAAGAAGUUGUUCUCUUAACCAGAUGUUUUAACCAUACUUCGACACCACAAGGUUACGCUAACGUGUUUGCCUCACAAUAUAGUGUGGAGCCAAUUAGGGUGGCCGUUUUAACAAGCAACGCCGUAGAAAUAUAUGAAUACCGUACACCUGACGAAGUCUUUGAAAGUUUGGUUGAAAACCCUUUACCAUUCAUUCACAAUUAUGGGUUAUCUGAGGCUUGCUCCACGGCACUUUAUUUAGCCUGUAAGUUCAAUAAAUCAGAGCAUGUUAAAGCAAGUGCCUUGGGCUUUUUCUCCGCCGGUGUACCUGGAAUAGUUGAUAUAAAAUCAAAGCAUUCCCAAGAAAAUAGUAAUGUGCCUCCAAAAACACCGAAGAUAUUCGAUGAAACUGAUUUAAGUGAUGGCAUUGUCCUCUCUCCUAGGUUCUAUGGUUCUGCGCUAUUAGUCACGAGAUUAUUCAGUCAAGUAUGGGAAGAGAAGGUAUUUGUGUUCAAGAAAGCCUCCAAAACAGAAAAACUUGACAUAUUUGGCAUUUCCAUAACUAAAUUACAAGUCGAGUAUUAUUUGUCGUCGAUAUCUGUUUUGGCGGACUUCUUCAACAUUCACCGUCCUUCUUUUGUUCCAUUUCUGGUUCCAAGAGAUAGCAAUGCUAUAACCGUUUCCGAUGCUGAAUCUAUUGCCAUGGAUGCUCUUAUUUUGUUGAUAAACUCUAUAAAGGACGCUUUUUCCCUUUUAAAUGUUUUCUAUGAAGAUAUUGACGCUUUCAAAUCCUUGUUACAUACUCUUAUGGGUGAAGAAGGUAUUUAUGACUCCAAGACACGAGACCACUUUUUUAAAUUACAGUUUCAUGAUCUUUUCACGCCUAAUGUAGAGACUAAACAAAUAAUAAAGGAGAUCUUGAUUGAAGUUGUAAAUGCCAAUAUUUCUCGAGGAGCACCGGCGGAUUAUAUUAUGAACGUUUUAAAAGAGCGUUUUGGAUCUUUUUGUCAUGGUGCGGACAUUUUAUUGUUUAGAGCAGGAGAGCAUUUAGAGGCGGCACAGAAAUUUGGAAUAAUAGACUCUAAAAUAUCAAGAAACCAUCUAGACUCUGCCAUAGAUCUUUAUGAAAGAUGCAUUGACAAUAUAGAAUUAAAUGAAUUGAAGACUAUAGUGGAUGUUAUGGUAAAACUAAACUAUCAGCCUAGAACUAUUGAAUUUUUACUAAGACUUGCAGAUGGAAUCGAUAAAACAAAUCAAGCGCAAGAGUACGUAUCUGAAGGUUGCAAGGUUAAUGAUCCAAGGAAAGUUUUAUAUGACAAACGGAUUGAUAUAUAUAAUUUGAUUUUUGGCAUCCUGAAAAGCGUUGAUUCCAAUACAUCUAUCAAACAUUCUGGUUCAAUGGCGAAGAUUACAAUUUCGUCUCCAACGUUGUCGCUGAAGGAAAAAGUUUAUUCGGUGAUAUUGAACAGUAACAAUGAAUUUUUUCACUUUUGCUUUUACGAUUGGUUAGUUGCAAAUAAAAGGCAAGAUGAAAUACUUCAAUUAGACUCUCGAUUUGUUCUCACCUACUUGAAAGAGAAAGCAGAAAAAUCGCUAGAAAUUUGCAACUUGCUGUGGUUCUACUUAUCCAAAAAAGGACGUUUCUUUGAAGCGGCUAGCGUUCUAUAUAGUUUAGCCAAUUCUGACUUUGAAUUAACAUUGAGUGAAAGAAUUGAGUUCCUAGCAAGAGCGAAUGGAUUUUGCGACAGUUCAACUUCCUUGGAUCAAAAACCCGCGUCGGUAGAAUUGUCUGACAGUAUCCAUGAGUUGUUUGAUAUAGCCGCCAUUCAGGAUGACUUGCUCUCUUUGGUGGAAAAUGAAACAAGGAUUGUUGAACUUCAGAAAAAAGACCUAAUUUCCAAGCUUAAUGGGAAACUGCUUCCCUUAACUAACCUGUUCAAUGACUGUGCAGACCCGUUAGAAUACUACGAAAUAAAACUAAGAAUUUUCAAAGUAUCUGAUUUCAGAGAUGAAAAAGUCAUUCGAAAAGAAUGGGAUCGACUGUUCGAUAGUAUAAAAACGAGAGUGGUGUUUGAUGGAAACGAUGAAGAUCAAGGAUCUCUUUUCUCCUCGAUUUCGAGCGCUAUAAUUCGUGUUGGAGAGACAACUCAUGAUACGGACGUUGUUUUUCCAGUUCAUUUCUUAUUGAAUAGAAUAUUUGCUUUAUUCCCCGAUAAAACUUCAACUUCUGUCGGAUCUAUUUGUUCAAUCUUUCUAUUGGCAGGAGUCUCUAACCUGAAACUUUAUUUUAUGCUAAAAGAUAUCAUUAACUGCUCCGAAGACAACGUCGAACUAGCAAAAAGAGAAAUGGUAUGGUUGAUUAAAGAUUGGUAUCAGAAUGAUCCAGAAUUACACAGUUCUAUUGCACCGGAGCAAAUUAGAAAAUUGGAAAAAUACGACCUGGACUCUGAUCCUAUCCGAAAAUAUGUAAAAGACAGUCAACAUGGCGUAUGA